AUGCAUGUCCCACGGGGGCAGGUUCGACUUUGACGAUGGCGGCUGCUACGUGGGUGACUGGCAGGAUGGCCGGGCGCACGGGUACGGGGUCUGCACCGGCCCUGGAGCCCAGGGCGAGUACAGUGGGCAAUGGCGGCGCGGGUUCGAGUCUCUGGGUGUCUACACCUGGCCCAGCGGCAACACCUAUCAGGGCCAUUGGAGCCAGGGCAAGCGGGAAGGGCUGGGCGUGGAGCGCAAGAGCAAGUGGUGUUACAAGGGGGAGUGGAGCCAUGGGCUGAAGGGCCAGGCCGGCGUCUGGGAGAGCCACUCCGGGGUCACCUACGAGGGCAUGUGGAGGGACGGGCUGCAGGAUGGCUACGGCACCGAGACCUACGCCGACGGAG